CAGAGGUUUUUAUACAAUUUGGUAAAUUAUAGUAUAAUUAUUUCUCACAAAUUAUUACUUUUUAAACUAGUUUUUUUUAAAAAUAAACUGCUUUAGAUCAACGAUGCUGAACGUCAGUUGAUACUUAUGUUACUUUUAGUUUAUCACAUAACAUUAUUUAUGCCUGUAAUUGAAGCCAGCCUUUCAUUUAAGCUAGGCAUAAACUACUUAGUUAAUCCUAGAGAAAAAUUGAAACAUUAAAAUUAAUUUUCAGAGAGAGCCUUGAAAUUUAAGUACUCAAAUGUCAUGGUUCACUGCUGCGGAAGAGGCGCUUGCCGAAAUAAAAAAGACUUGGCGUACGUAUUAUCCUUGUCAUCAAACCCGACUAGUGGAAUGUCGAAUAACUCCUUUGAAAGCCAUGAAACAAAUUGGGCCUACGUGUGGAUUGGUUGCGUUAUGUAUGGCUGAACCUUUAAUGGAUUUGAACGAAUCUCAAACAACUAUCGAUUUGAUGUACAAGGAAGCUAAAAAACGAGGUUUCACUAAACUAGGUGAAAUGUUUUUCAUGUCAUAUAUGUACGAAAUGGCCGAUUUGUUUUUAGCAGAUACAUACACAAUUUGCCAUGUCAAUCAAUCAAUGUCUAAAGACACAUCCCUUGUUAAAAAAUUGCUAAAAGAAGAUUGCUUACUAAUUGUUUGUUAUGAUGAUGAUAAGAACAUGAUGCCGACUGUCAAUCAAGGUCAUACUGCCCAUUGGGCAAUUAUUUGUGGAAUAAUUGGUGAAGACCAUGUAAUAGCUAGACAUGGGAAGAAAUCGAAAUAUGGCAUUUGGUCUUUAGCAGAUUUAGCUGCGAGUAACGAUGGCUUAAUAGAAGUCAAACAUGCAUUGGCGUUCGAUUCAGACCAAUACGUAAUACCCGAAAAUGGUGACUUACAAAAAACGCUUGCUUCACAGUUUAUGGUUUUAAAACCUAAAACAACUCCCAAAGUCGUUCGUGCUAUGUUUUGAUCUGAUAUCGAUGACUUCAUAUAUUACACUAUUUAAAAAUGGACCAAUUUGAAAUCUGAGCAACGAAUAUUUACAAAAACAUAUUUCUAGUCAAAAUUAUAGUUAUUAAAUUGAAGUUUUAUGAAAAUUAUUUAUAAUAUUAUAAAAACAUAAUUAAUAAUUAUUAUACAUAUAGUAUUUUUUAUUA